AUGGAUCGUUUCUUCCCCCCUCUCAUCUUACACCCGGACUCAGCUCCAUUCGGCCGGGCUUCUUCUCAGAACGAACUUGCGAGACAAACAGUGACCCCUCCCUCAUCUGUAACAGAUGGCGCUCGUUUGGCCCCUUCUCACCAUGGCUAUCCCUGUCCCGCAAUCGGGAAUUGGACGAGUUCCCAUUCUGGCAGUUCAGAGACGACGAUGUCUCACCACCAUCAUCAGCACAAUCACCAGUCAUGGAAGCCUCCGCUCUAUCGACACUCUUCUUCUCCAUCCGACGCUUCACCCGAGGAAGAAGUACCGAGUCUGUUUCCUACUCGCAAUGUUGAGUCUUCCGAGUGGCCAUCUUCCCUGGCCGCAUCCAGUUGUUCGGAUUCGAAACAAGUAAAGCUCGAACCAGGGCAUGUUCACGAAAGCAAAGGCUCGCUGCUCUGGUCACGGGCGCUAGGAGCCCAGCAGCCGCCAUGCUCGCUUGAAUCUGGCACCUAUUCCGUACCUUCUCAGAUAGCUGCACCGUAUCCAACGCGGCCGGAUACUUUUAAAACGGCUUGUCCUACCCCACGGCUGCCACCGCCGUCACUGGCUUUCGCGAGCUCAUCUCGUCGUUCGUUCCUAUCCGGCAAGCUACAAACUAGUCCCGACGACACCGGAGAGGAGGCAAACUCGGAUGCCCCAUAUUCCUACCUUAUCGAGAAAGCUCUCCUGGAGGCCCCCGGUAAGAGACUAACGCUUCAGGAUAUUUACGCCUGGUUUGAGAAGUGUACAGCUAAAGGAAGGGAUCGUUCUUCCAAAGGCUGGCAGAACAGCGUUCGCCACAACCUCUCGAUGAAUGCGGGGUUUGAAGCAGUUCGCGAGGAGGAACCCGGCAAGAAGCCCCAGAACUACUGGCGCCUAACGGAAGAAGCCGUCAAGUUUGGUGUCCAGUCCACCACACGGUACCGGAAGCAAGCGAGUUGCAAAAAGACAUUGACCGCGGACCCACCAGCACCCCAACGCCAGCGAUCAGGGGCGAAAGGGGGGAAAGCUACGAAGAUCAAAGCCAAGCUCCGUGGGCGCCCAUUAGGCCCAGAGGAGUUGCGAAAGGACAACUGUCAGCGUGAAAUCCCACAACGACCGCUGCAAAAAGCCUUCUAUAGUCAUGAUUUCCGAUCCACAACCACUACGACGCCUGCGGCGACGACGGUGAUAUCGUCUUUUCAUGUGUCAGCGCCGGUCACACGGUUAUCGACCGAGUCAUUCGACUUGGGUAAUGUGGUUGGUUGUGCAGAUCCCCCUCCAUGCGCGCCGAUUUUUUACGGCAUGGCAGGAUCAGGACCGGAUUGCCUAGCACUGGACAGCAGCUUUCUGGGAUGGGGAGGACUCCCUUCAUUUUCUGCUGGGCUGAUGACCGGGCCUGGGAUCUCUGCGGAUCUUCACCUGGGGUUAUUGGAGGGUGGAGCAAUCAGAUAG